UCGGCACUGGCUUGUGACUUUGCUUACACACCCAUUGAGACCGGAGAUAUCGCUCAUUUUUCACGGUCUGCCUAUUGAUUGGAAUGCUGUUGGAGGUGAACGUCAGUGCGAGCUACACUACUACUUCGCAUGUUAUGCGGUCUGCUCCAGCGCUGGGGACUCAGCGCGUAUAUGCCCUCGGACCUGCCGAGAUGGUGUUUGCGUGCAUGACGGUGUGUACGCAUGAGCACGGCGUCGGCAGUAUUGUAUCUGGAAUAGACUCUUCGGCAGGAGUCUUCCGGGGCGAUGCUGUGGAGAUGCUGAUGGGUUGGCUAGUGGGCCGGUUUACACCAAAGCAACUUCCGAUAGCCCUUCCAACACUGCUACCAUCAUUCGCACCGAAACAACGACUGCUUCACUUCACCCGUUCAUCCCUCAGAACUACUUGGAGGGUGAUGGCCCGGCUCGCAGUGUGUCUGCGUUCUCCGACGCUAAGGAGUAUUUGCACCCCAUCGAACUUGACGAAUGGAUUCUUGGGGCGUACCUUCGAGUGCUACUAACAGAUAGGAAUGCGCCACAGGGGUUUCUGCACCUGCUGGCGGUACACUAUGUGGCUGGACCUACAAAGGAUUGUGUGGAUUGCUGAAGGUGGGACUAGUAGCACGAACGCAGGUACAGAAGAUUGCGAAGUUACAGGACUCUCACCACCGAGCGGUCCGAGUCGAUCAUCAGGUUCCCGUGUAGGACCAACGUUGCUUCGUCUUCCAAGUUGUCAGGCUUUGAGGGCGGUUCUAUAGCUGAGAGAACAGGCGGAGAGAAUGAAACAUGUACAGAGUGCUACUAACACUGAUAUAGCUGAGUGGACGCAGGCUACUUUUGUAUGGAAAGCCGG